GCCGUGCCCGGCGUUGUGCCAGUCACGCCCUCUUGCUUUGCCCUGGCCUGGCCGCGUGGGGGGUCUGGGGCAGCCAGCUCUGCCGGUGGGGAGCAGGGCCCUGCAGGGUUUCUGACGUGGGAACAGAGCAGCCAAGCCCUGCGGGGGGGCUGUGGUAGGGCCCCUAUGGGGCAGGGGUAUUUAGGAGUCCUGGAUGCAUCUUUCCAGGAUGCCGGGGGCUGGUUAGACCCAUGGCACACGGGGGGUUUCCAGAGUUUAUUAAACAAAGUCGCUGCCUUGUCACUUGCUCUGGCUUGUGCAAAGGGCGAAGACGCCAGGCGGCUGCUUCCCUGCGCGGCUGAGCCUUUCGGACAGUGACGAGGGGCCCCGGGGUAGCUGGUAAAGGCAAAUGUCCCUUUGGCUCCAGCAGCAAAGAGAGGAUUGGGAGGGGGAGCCGCUGCCUCUUUCCCAGCAUCCGUCCCACUUGGGGGGUGGCCGGGGGCCAGGUCACCGCCAGUCCCCUGCCCUGGGUGUUCAGACUGUGGGUGAAGCCCCUGUCCUCUCUCUUGGCCAGGUGAUUGUCUGCUUCAGCGUGGCCGUGCUGGUCCGUCAGUACAUCGGCUUUGCCCUUGUGGCUUUGCUGGUGGAGAUUAACUCCAUCUUCCUGCACCUGCGCCAGAUCCUGCUCAUGGCCAACCUGCCGCACACCACCUGGUACCGCCUCAACAGCAUGGUCAACCUGGGCACCUACGCGGUGUUCCGCAUCACCACGCUGGCCUGGAUGACCCGCUGGCUGGUCCUGAACCGCGAGAACAUCCCCCUGGCCACCUACACCGUGGGCACGGUGGGCAUGGCCAUUAUGACACCCAUGAACAUCGUCCUCUUCUACCGCCUGCUGCGCAGCGACUUCCUCAAGUCCAGCCGGGAGGCAUGGCGGGAGAAGGAGAAAUAGCCCUGCAGGCGGGGGAGCACACCGCAGCGUGCUCGACGGACCGCAGGGCGCUGAGCCACCACGGGGACUCUUGGGCUUUCCUGCGGCCCCGGGUCUAUGACCCCCUGCUGGCUGUGGGGAGCUGGCGCCGGCGCUGCAGGGGUGCAAGGCCUUUGCGGCCGGAAUUCAGGGCGUUGUUUGCCCCCUGAGCCCUCUGCUGGGGGGAUGGGGCGGCCGUGGCUGCUUGCCGGAGCUCCGGAAAGGGUUCUGCUGGGGGGGGGUGCUAGGUGACAAAAGGCAGGCGCGGGGUGUCCCCGCCGCAGGAGU